UCCGGUUUCUGUUACGACAUGUAACGUCCUCCGGUACAUGAGGGUGGGGAAUGUCAUGGCGGGACCGUGGUGGAGGCAGUACCGGAGAUUGUCUGCUAGCUGCACGGCCACCAGUAUAUUUGAAAGCUUUUGGCACUUGAAAGGCAGGCCUUUAUCUUCUUCCGCAUCCUCACUGGGCCGGGCGUCCUGGAGCCCCAGGCCGGAAACCAGGCCACCAACAGCUGCACAGGUAAACUUGAAAACUGUAAACGUUAAGUCUUCUCUAAUUAGACAGCAGUCGUGGUUGCUGCUUCCCACACUACAGACUUGCUGUUGCAGAAAGACACACAGCGACGCAAAGCCGAAGGACCCCUUCACGUUAGCCCAAAGAGACCUUACGAGUUUGUAUGAUGACAUCAAAAAGGAACUAUUUGUAUCCAAAGUUGAGCUGAAGUCUCUGUGUGAGUACUACUUCGAUGGCAAGGGCAAGGCGAUCCGACCAAUGAUCGUAGUUUUGAUGGCUCGCGCCCUUAACAUCCACAGCGACAGAGCCGGAGAUUUGCUCCCAGGGCAGCGGGCCAUCGCCAUGAUCUCUGAAAUGAUUCACACUGCCAGCCUGGUGCAUGAUGACGUCAUAGAUGGAUCAGAUAAGCGAAGAGGAAAGAGAACGAUUAAUGAAGUGUGGGGUGAAAAAAAGGCUAUCUUAGCUGGAGAUUUCAUCCUCUCAGCUGCCUCGAUGGCCUUGGCUCGUAUCGGUGACAUUACAGUGGUGAAAGUUUUAGCCCAGGUCAUAGAGGACCUGGUACGAGGUGAAUUCAUGCAAUUGGGUUCCAAAGAGAACGAGAACGAGCGAUUCAAACACUACCUCGAGAAGACCUUCAAGAAGACAGCGAGUCUUAUUGCAAACAGUUGUAAAGCAGUUUCCAUUCUGGUAAACUCCGAUCCUGAAGUUCAUGAAAUAGCGUACCAGUAUGGGAAGAAUGUUGGCAUUGCAUUUCAGUUAGUGGAUGAUGUUUUGGACUUCACAUCGGGAGCCAGUCAGUUGGGGAAGCCCGCAGCAGCCGAUCUGAAACUGGGUUUGGCUACUGGUCCGGUCCUGUUUGCUUGCCAGCAGUUUCCUGAGCUUCAUGCAAUGAUCAUGAGACGUUUUAGCGCUAAAGGAGACGUAGAUCGAGCCUGGCAGUAUGUCCUUCAGAGCAAUGGUGUGCAACAGACAAACUACCUGGCCCAGCGCUACUGUCAAGAAGCAAUCAGACAGAUCAGUAGGCUCAGGCCAUCCCCAGAGAGAGAUGCCCUCAUCAGGCUCACAGAGAUGGUACUCACCAGGGACAAAUGAUCCUCCUCUGCUGGGCUUCUCGUCAGGCAGCUACUCGGGGGGCGAAAAGCAAUUCACCCGCCACCCUUAUGUCCUUAGACCAGCAGGGUUGGACAGAAAUGGUGAGAGAAGCGAUGGGAGUUUGGUUUGGAUAGACUUCUGUUGCUGGUUUGAGUGCCAACUCUGCAUUAAUGUGACAGCCAGCUGGUUUGACAGAACAAAACAGCAGGUCUCUGAACUGAAUCACGGCUCUAUUAACCACUGUCAAAACGUACAUCAUGGUGAAUCAGUGACUUGAAAUUUGAUAUUAAGGAUGCACCCAUUUUGGGGCCCUUCCCAAUGUUUAAAAUAUCACUUUGACAGAUGUGUGAUGCUAAUUAUAAAUAUUUAUUUCUAACAAGAAUCUUCAUAAAAAUUAGUUUUAAAGUUCAUCAGCUCCUCCUUACUCAAGCUGAACAUUUAUCCAGGGCAAAAUUGAUGUGACAAAACAAAUAUCACCAUAUUUGUUGAAAGCACAAAAAUCAGUCCGUUAUCAGUGCAUCUUACAACAUGUAAAUGCAUCUGAUAUUUAUAGAAAAUUGUGUUUCCGUUCCUUACUGGCAUCACAAAUGACAUGGCACUGAAAACUGCAACUAAACCCUUGACUGCUUAUAGUACUGUAACUGCAACUACCUGCCAUGGCUCAGACUAGCCAACUGUGAGUGGACAGUUUGUUGCACGCUGGUGCUGAGCUGCGGUGGGGUUGCAAAAUUUGUGUAAUUCCAAAUGAGAUGAAAGUGCAUCAUUGUCGGUGUGUUUGGAGCCGUCCUCACCUCAAAAGCCAAUCAGUCAUGUGUCUUUUUUUUUUUUUCACUUUGUGAAAUGUUAUAAGGUUACUUCUGUAAUGCAAAGUGUCCUGUAACAACCAAGGCCUUAACAUCUACAAUGACUGUGUGCUCAAUAAACCAACUGCUUAAUUUUUUAUUUA